AUGUGGGUUCUGGACAAGAUCCGUGGGUCAGUAGAGACCACUGUUCUCCGGCGGGGGGAGAAUGGGGACAAGGAGGGCAAUACUCCAGCCUACAGCAACGUCCUCACCCCUGAUAAAAUCCCUGAUUUCUUCAUUCCCCCCAAGCUGGUCUGCUGCCCCCCGGAGCCUGAGACCUUGGACGUCGUCAAGCCCAAGGAGGGGCUGCGGCCCUCGGCCUCUGAGCAGACCAUUGGCAGUAAGAAGAUCAGCAGCCCUCGCAGCCCACGUCUGGUCGCCAAGCUGGCUGGGGACACCAAGAACCUGUUGAGGGCCGCCAACCGUCACAUUAUCCAGAUAGAGAGCGCUGAUGACGUGGUGGCAGGGGACACAAACGCUGACCCUCAGUCUCAGACCGCUAUGUCACUGCCCUACGUCCCCAAGACCCAGACCUCCUAUGGUUUUGCCACUCUGAUGGAGAGCCCCCACACCCGCCGCAAGGAGUCCCUGUUCCACUGUGACCAGACCAGCCCCCUGACCUCCCCGAACUCCCAGAGGAAGGGGAAGAGCAGCGUCAGCGAGGGCAACCACCUCAACCCCCCUGACUUCAACGCCUCUCACAACCCGUACCGCUACUUUAGCGGAGGGGAGAGUGAUACCUGUUCCUCGGCUGAGUCCUCUCCCUUCAACUCCCCACUGCUCUCCCGCUCUGCCUCGCUGCUAAAAGUUUUCACCCAUGAGACGCAGGCCAAGGUGGUGAAAGCCAAGAGGACGUUUGCCCGCCACAGCUCCUUGUCCACAGACGAGUGCAGCUCGGCCGAGCCCAGUCCCAAUGCGCUGCGGAGGCUCCACUCCUCAUCCCUCCACGCCGGUGGGCCAUCGGACCGGGAGCACACCGUCAACCUGCACAAGGGUGGCAGGGUGAGGCUCAGCGCCGACUACGAUGCCGGCACGGCCCGCCUGCGCAUCCGCAUUCUGGCUGCCGAAGAGCUUUACGACAAGAUGUACGACAUCAAGAGCAUCAACUGUUGCGUGUCGCUGUACCUCAACCCUGGCAAGCUGCAGAAACAACGGAGCACUAUCAUAAAGAACAGCCGAAAUCCUGUGUUCAACGAGGACUUCUUCUUUGACUCUGUGACUUCAGUGCAGGUGAAGAACCUAGCAGUGAAAAUCAAGGUGGUGAAUAAGGGCACCAGCCUGAAGAGAGACACUCUGCUGGGGGAGAGAGAGAUCCCUCUGGGGAAGCUUCUCCAUGGCCUCUAG